AUGGAAAAGCACGACUGCAAAUUGCACCACACCACUCAAGUGAGCAUCCUGAACCAAGUGAUCGAGACCGGCCUGUUCAUCAACCUGCGCAGGAAGCUGCACAGCCUCUUCAUGAUCAAUGUGGACCAUCCCAUGACGGUAGUCUACUACAAGUCGAUGACAGCCAGGAUUCGCGAGGAAAUCAGGCACCUGGCCAACUAUCGCUGGAUGAUCCACCCCUACAGUUUGUUCGCCCUCUACUGGGAGUUCUUCAUUUUCAUCAUCUAUACGGCGCAGUUCGUCACUCUGGCCAUCGUGUCGGCCAAACACGUCUACUUCCGGAGACCAACGGCCAUGGUCCUCUGGAAGAUAUCGCUCGACUACAUCAUGACCAUCGAUAUCAUCAAGACGUUCAUCACGGGCUACUACGAUCCGCAAGAGAACAAGACCGUGUUGCAUCCCCCGUUGAUAGCCAGGAGGUACCUGCGCACUUAUUUCGUACUCGAUUUGAUAGUUUGCCUGCAUACCUACUUGGUGCCAAUCAGAAUCAUCUUCAACGACUACGAGGUAUUCGAGAACAACACAUUCGUGCUGGCAGUAACUCUGAAAGGCUUCAUAGGCUUCCGAAUACUCCGCAUGAAAAGAUGGCUGGACGCCUUGGAACUCUUCAGGCUGUACGCGAACCUAUCCAGCGUCCUGAACCGAGCCUUCCGAGCCGUCCUUCUCUUCGUCAUGCUCGUCCUCUACCUCUACAUCAUCAUAUUCCAAAUAGAAGAGAUGAUCGAGAAGAACUUCAUUCCCAUCGAGGACAGGGACUGGAACAAGCAGCUGAUGAAGUGCUUUUAUUCGGCUACUUUGAUGCUGCUACACGUCAGCUAUGGCGACAAGACCAUCAGCCACCCCCUCAAGGUCAUCGUAUCGCUGAUCUUCAUGGCAGUAGGCUACUGCUUGCAGUUGUUUCUCUACACGCUCAUCCUCCAAGUGUGGGUGAAGUUCUCUAACGCGCGGAGCAAGAACGAGAGCCUCUUCCAGCAGUUCACCGAGUACCUCAAGUACAAGGACCUGCCGAUGAGCCUGCGCAAGAAGUUCUUCGCCUUCUACCAGUUCAGGUUUCAGAACCAGUUCUACAACGAGGCGCACAUCAACAGGAUGAUCUCGAUAAUACUGCGGCAGGAGAUCCUGGUCUACGUGACCAAGAACCACGUGCAGCGAGUGGAGUUCUUCCAGGACCUGCCCGAUCACGUGCUGAGGAAGAUCGUGUCGAAGCUCAAGUCAGAGGUCUACCUGGCCAAUGACGUCAUCAUCAAGGCGGGAGUGGCAGGUACCUGCAUGUUCUUCAUCUACUUUGGGACGGUGGCGAUUUACACGUACGCCGGUAGAGAAAUUUGUCAUCUGGAAGAUGGCGCCCAUUUCGGGGAGAUCGCGCUGAUCUACAACGAACCUAGGGUGGCCACAGUGGUUGCGGUCACGCCUUGCGAGUUGUUCGUGCUGAACAGGUCGGACUUUUUGGAUGUUUUGAAACCGUUUCCGGAAAUCCAGGACAAGAUUGUCAAGUUGGCUGAGGAGAGACUGAGAACGACCGUCUUCCAGGGAUGA